AUGCCCAUCAACGUAGCAAUCGUCGGCGUCGGACUCGUUGGCUCAGAAACUAUCUCUCAGCUCGCUCGGCUUGCCCAGUUCCGUAUAGUUGCACUUUCAAACUCCAAAAAGUUGCUCUUCAAUCCAUCUGGGAUCCCAGUCUCAUCAUGGCAAUCAGAGCUUGCAUCGUCGGACUCUAAGCCUGAUCUCGACCAGCUAACGAGAUCUUUGGCAGAGCUAAGAGCUAGGGGAGACAGAGUUGCGCUAGUAGAUAACACAUCCUCCGACGCUGUUGCUGGAUUGUAUCCUACAUUCUUGAGCGCUGGGAUUGACGUUGUUACUCCGAACAAGAAAGCUUACUCAUCUGACCUCGGACUAUAUCAGAGAAUAAAAGACGCGAGCGCACAGAGCGGAGCAAGAUACCUGAAUGAGUCUACUGUCGGAGCAGGAUUACCGAUCAUUUCGACCUUGAAGGAUCUGAUCGCGACUGGGGAUAAAGUCAUUAAAAUCGAAGGUGUCCUCUCUGGCACACUCAGCUAUAUCUUCAACGAAUAUUCUAAACCUGGUGGAGGAGACUCCGCAUUCUCUUCCAUUGUCAAAGUCGCACGGGAGAAAGGGUACACCGAACCGCAUCCAGGAGACGAUCUGAAUGGUGCAGACGUUGCGCGAAAACUCACUAUCCUUUCUCGAAUGAUCCCCGAGCUUACCUCUGCACUCCCUCAAGGAUACAAAUCUGUAUCAAUCACCUCACUCGUCCCGGAUGCUCUCACGGACAUUGCAUCCGGAGAUGAGUUCAUUGCACGACUGCCAGAAUUUGACGUUGACCAAGCCAAGCUUAGAGACGAGGCUACAAAGGAAGGAAAAGUACUGAGGUAUGCGGGCGUAAUUGAUGUGAAGAGUGGAACGAUCAAGGCCGCGUUGGAAAAGUACCCGGUCGAUCAUUCGUUUGCGACUGCGUUGGGAGGAUCUGAUAACAUUAUUGCUUUUCAUACGGAGAGAUAUAGUCCUCGACCUUUAAUUGUACAGGGUGCUGGUGCUGGUGCAGCAGUAACUGCCAUGGGUGUCGUGAGCGAUUUGCUCAAGCUGUAA